AUGAGUCCCACGUUUAGGAGAAGAACUGAGAUAGGCUGCUUUAGCUCUGUCUCUAUCCGAGGAAAGAGUGUACCGAAUCCGCCUCCUGGCAUUAUUGGGUUCGCUUGCAAACAACACUUCUCCUCUCGCCCACCGAAAGGAAAGGGUAAUGGUUAUACACCUCUUACCACAUUCACUACAGGGCGCCAACCCUCACUAUCAAUUGGUUAUAUACCCUUAUGCGCCUUCCUUCUUCGAACCUUUUGGUAUGUAUUGCCCCCUAACUAUAGAUCAGAUCCACCAGACAAGAAACUCAAUUCCGCACUGCUGCUGAGUCGUCGGACUUAUCCACCAAGGGAUUCGUGGAAUUUCUCGCCCUCUUUUGGGUAUGCAGGUACUAAGAGCCCUCUCACUACCAACCAGCGGACAUCAUCUGGCUGGGUCUUGCCGGGGAGAUCGGAGCAACAGGGAACGCCUAGACGACGUUUUUCUUCCUGGGCUGCAGUAAGUAGAUCGAGAGGUCGUUCCGCCCCUUGUCCCCGAAUAUGGGGAAUAUGUUCUCAUAAAAUCUUGCUCCAAUCUGACCUAGCUGGCGAGCGAUCCCAGUUCGCGACAGAGAACAAGACAGCAAGCGAGCGUACUUUUGUUCGCUUCUUCUCCACCAAGCACGGAAGUUUAAGGAUAACUGUAGGUCGGUGGCUACCUAAGGAAACUCCGAUUCGAUCCGCCCCCCGGCUGGGAGGCAUCUACCUCAUCCCGAUCACAAGGAGAGGUUCACUAUGAUGGGGGGUACUUUUUUUUCCCUUAAGGAAAAAAUGAAAUGCAUAGGGGACCAUCCUUUUGUUGCGGCAUGCUCCUCAGAUUUACGGAUUCGCAGGGGGCCUCAGGCCCUACUUAGUUGACUGAUAAUGACAAAGGCUUGCGAAACUAAGUAGGGCCUUUUCCUUUUUGUUUGAAUAACCCAUUCUCAUUAUCUUUAAUAAGUAAAGUAGGCAAACCUAUAGGUCCUUAGUAGCGUUGACAAAGAAGAAGGAGCCGGUUAAAAGAAAGCGAAUCUUUCCAUUUUUCUUAUAGUUUCUAUUAUAUAAUAAUAGAAAAUAGAAAGAAAUUUCUUAUUCUUAUAUAUAGGCCAGCUUGACAAGCAACCCUUCCUCUUGAUCUGAGGUGCGAAGAGAAAGAUUUCUUUUUUAUGACUUCCACUUAUCGAUCCCGGCCCAGAAAAGUGACCGACCAGGGC